GUAAAAAAAGAAGUAACUAAAAUCGACGUUUUCCGACAUUUUUCCUAGUUUGGAUGACAGUUGUCAAAACAAAGUUAAAAAAAACCUUGAAAAAUUAAGUAGUUUAAAUGGGUAGGCGAAGUAGAUCGAAAUCCCCUUUUGGUACAAGGAGACGGGAUAGAGAAAAGGACAAAGAAAGGGAUAGAGACAGGACAGACAGGGACCGUGAAAGAGAUAAGGAGAGGCAUAGGAGAAGAAGAUCAAGGGAUAGGUCGCGAGACAGGGAAAGAAGACGACAUUCCCUUGAAAGAGAUGACCGUAGGAGGUUCUCCCGUUCCAGGUCCAGAUCUCCAGAAAGAAAACGUAAAAACCUUCUUCCUGAUAGGCCUGUUGUUACCGCCGCAGAUCUCGAGGGUAAAAGUGUAGAUGAACAAGAAAUGAUGAAACUAAUGGGCUUUUGUAAUUUUGACAGUACUAAAGGCAAGAAGGUGGAAGGUAAUGAAACAGGUGGUGUUCAUGUUAUUCUCAAGAGAAAAUAUAGACAGUAUAUGAACCGAAAGGGUGGAUUUAAUAGACCCUUGGACUUUGUUGCUUAAGAUAAUUGUGAUGGAUAGAAUUUGAACAACCGAUAUUUACCUCAUUCAUUUUAACCUCAUAGUUUUCAUAUCCAUAUUUUCUACAAUAGCAGCUAUACCUCUUUCACUAUAUCAGAAUUCUGUUAUCAAGUUUUAAUGUUUUACACUAACACUCUGUUAAAAAUUUUUGUAAAUAGCACAGUUACGGGUUGUUCAAUUAGAUAAGACUCACUUUAUUAUGACUAGUUGUUUUUCAUUACAAUUAAUCUAUAUUUUUUUGAAAAUAAAUUUUUCAAACAAACCGAUUUUAUUAUAGAUUGUUUUAUUACUAUUAGAAUUAGGAUUAAUUCCGAUGCAGUAUCGAAAAGAGUUGUGUUGAAAUGAGUAAUAUUCUAUGUAUAUGUCGAUAGCUUCCAUCAUUUUAAAAAUUUAUUAAAACUAUUAUUGUACAUUAAAGAUAGAAAAGAGAGAACAACAUAUUUUCAGUUCUCUUUUUGAGUCUUAAGAAAUGUAAUUAUGGAGCAGGUACUGAUUAGUAGUAACUUCAUUCAUUAUUAAAGCAAUCUACAGUUCUUUACAUGUGAACACAAAUAAAUACUUAUAAACUAGUCAAUUAUGUAUUUACUUACUACUAAAAAAUCUUAAUAUUGAUAUGUUAAAGAAAAGGAAAAAUUACAUUAAACAUUUAAUAUGUUGA